GUUCCGCUCCGGAAGUGACGCCAGAGGAAGUCUCCGCCCUGUUGUUGUUGUCGUUGCUGUCAGCGCUCGGUAACAUGAAGUGGAUGUUCAAAGAAGACCACGCACUGGAACACAGGUGCGUGGAGUCGGCAAAAAUCCGAGCCAAAUAUCCAGACCGUGUUCCGGUCAUCGUGGAGAAAGUUUCCGGCUCACAAAUUGUGGAUAUAGACAAGCGAAAAUACCUGGUCCCUUCUGACAUCACUGUGGCUCAGUUUAUGUGGAUCAUCAGAAAACGCAUCCAGCUGCCUUCAGAAAAAGCCAUCUUCUUGUUUGUAGACAAGACUGUGCCACAGUCUAGUCUAACCAUGGGACAGCUGUACGAAAAGGAAAAAGAUGAAGACGGCUUUUUGUAUGUGGCAUACAGCGGAGAGAACACAUUUGGCUUUUAAACAUAUUGACAGCUUGUGAAUCUUGUAAAUAAUGUUGGUGGUUUUAACACAAUGCAUACAUCUCCACCCUAUAGGUUAGAUGCAUAUUAACUGGAUGCACUUUUUUUCUUUUUUUACAUAACCAUGUCUUGUCCUUCAACUAUGUCUUUGUUUAGUAUUUAAUGUAAUUUAUUUUCCGUGCUUCCUGAAGAACCCACUUUUUCUGCCAAACACACUGGCAAAGUAUUGGGAAUUAGAAAUCAGUUGCUGGCCACUUUGGCAGUGAAGUGGUUAAGUAAUAGUAUAUAUGAAGAGGUGGGGUCCAGUGACUGCACCAGUAGCAUUCAUACGAUAUAUAUUUUUUGGAUUAUGUUUAAGACAUUAUGUAAUUUGCUGAUGUUCGCUGCACAACACAAAUUAGUGAUGGAUAUUGUAAUCAGUAAUGACCGGUCUGUAACCAUCCACCUUUACAAAUUCCCAUAAAUAAAACUAUUCAGUACAUUA